GUCGAGCCGCUAGUUUCGCUGCUGCCGUCACCUCAUGGCGACGCGGGUAGAAGAGGUAGCGCGGGGAAGAGGCGGCGGCGCUGAGGAGGCGACUGAGGCUGGUCGGGGCGGACGGCGACGCAGCCCGAGGCAGAAGUGAAAAACAUCUUGAAACAUUCGAAGUCCGGCUUGGUCACUCAGGACUCUUUAAUACUACAGUUGACCCUUAAACAAUGUGGGGGUGGGGUUAGGGGCACCCUCCCCUGCAUAACUUUUGACUACCCCAACACUUAACUACACAGUUGUCCCUCGGUACCGAGGGGGCUUGAUUCCAGGACCCCGCAGAUACCAAAAUCCUGCGGAUGCUCAAGUCCCCUAUAUAAAAUGGCGAAGAUCAAUGCAUACAGUCGGCCCUCCGCAGCCAUGGACUCCCAACCCGGGAUGGAAAACAGUACAGUUUGUGAUUGGUGCAAUGGAAGAAGCUGGAAUGUGCGGGCUAGGGGUGAAAACGGAUGUAUUGCGUACUUCUCAAUCAAACGAUAUUCUUCAACAUCAAGAUUCAAAUUGUGGUGGAAUAAGUAACAAGCAUUCACUGGAAGAGGCUGAAGGCAGUGACUUUAUAACAAAAAACAGAAGUUUGGUGAACCCAGCCUACUGCACACACGAGUCAAGAGAGGAAAUUCCUGGGCGAGAAGCUAGAACAGAGCCCCCUGAUGGUCAGCAAGAUUCAGAGUGCAACAGGAACAAAGAAAAAACCUUAGGUAAAGAAGUUUUAUUAUUGAUGCAAGCCCUAAACACCCUUUCAACUCCAGAAGAGAAGCUGGCAGCUCUCUGUAAGAAAUAUGCUGAUCUUCUGGAGGAGAGCAGGAAUGUUCAGAAGCAAAUGAAGAUUCUGCAGAAGAAACAAGCCCAGAUUGUGAAAGAGAAAGUUCAUUUGCAGAGUGAGCACAGCAAGGCUAUCUUGGCAAGAAGCAAACUAGAGUCUCUCUGCAGGGAACUGCAGCGUCACAAUAAGACGUUAAAGGAAGAAAAUGUGCAGCAGGCCCGAGAGGAGGAAGAAAGACGUAAAGAAGCAACCGCACACUUCCAAAUUACUUUAAAUGAAAUCCAAGCACAGCUGGAACAGCAUGACAUACACAAUGCCAGACUCCGCCAGGAGAACAUUGAAUUGGGAGAGAAGCUGAAGAAGCUCAUCGAACAGUACUCGAUGAGGGAGGAGCAUAUUGAUAAGGUGUUCAAACAUAAGGAAGUACAACAACAGCUUGUGGAUGUCAAGCUUCACCAGACCUCACAGCUGAUAAAGGAAGCUGAUGAAAAACAUCAGAGAGAGAGAGAGUUUUUGUUAAAGGAAGCAACAGAAUCGAGGCACAAAUAUGAACAAAUGAGACAACAAGAAGUACAACUAAAACAGCAGCUUUCUCUUUAUAUGGAUAAGUUUGAAGAAUUCCAGACUACCAUGGCAAAAAGCAACGAACUAUUUACAACCUUCCGGCAGGAAAUGGAAAAGAUGACAAAGAAAAUAAAAAAACUGGAAAAAGAAACAAUAUUAUGGCGUACCAAGUGGGAAAACAAUAACAAAGCGCUUCUGCAGAUGGCUGAAGAGGUGAGGUGGUUUCCCGUGACUAAGAAAACCGUCCGCGAUAAAGAGUACAAGGCCUUUCAAAUAAAACUGGAACGGUUAGAGAAGCUGUGCAGGGCUCUUCAGACGGAGAGGAAUGAGCUCAACGAGAAGGUGGAAGUCCUAAAGGAGCAGGUCUCGGGGAAAGUGGCAGGUGCAAAACUAGCACCGCGUGUGACGCAGCCCUGUGCAGCCCUGGCUUCUCCUAAGGAGCUGAACACUGCCUGGAACAGCGGUGCUGGAGUCCCCAUGGUGGCCGUGCCCAAGGCAGCCAAGGAGAAGCCAGCCGCACACAAGGCCGCGUCCCUAGGCACCGGGCCAACCAUCGAGUCAGUAGACUGAGAUGAAGUACGAUCACUGUAUUGAGAGCUCUAUUUUGUGUAUAACUUUCUCUGUUAGUAGUAAUUAUUGGUUUUGUGGUGAAAAUUUUCUUACUUUUUCUACCAUAUCUGUAUUUUCUUAGAACUACUGGACUUAGGUGGUAUAGGAGGCUGCUUAGCAGUUUUGAAUAGUUUUCCUCAGCUGUGUGGCACAUCUGCUUCGUUUCCCUUCAUUGGAAUGCAUGUGGUCAUUUGCCUUGUCCUUUCUUCACUGCUCCUUGCACAAAAUCAUCCUAAUUAAAAUUUCACUCAAGACAGGGCCGACCAUUCAUUACAAGAGAACUUUGUCCUGAUAAUGGUUCCUUGAUGUGAAAACAAUAAUUCAUUUAAACGUCCUGCCCCCCCAUCAAUAUUAAUAAUAAAAAAAAAAGAAAACAUCAAGAUGAUUCGUUUUAAUAACCCAUUUAAAUGCCAAGUAAAAAACCCCUCUAUGGUUGGGACAGAAACAAACAGCAUAUUUAAUUCCAAGUAUUUUUUAUAAUAUAUCACUUGAAUUUGAGGUGGUUGUAGCCUCAAAUUCCUCACAAAGUUUUGGCAGACUAUUGUAUCAUGUAAACAGUGUAGUAUAUGCAGGCAAAUAAUUCGACAGACAGGCUUAAUGUUUAUCUAACUAAGUCAUACUGCUUCAGUUUCAGGUUAGUUAGAACCAGUGGUGAAUUUGGACCACCCAGAAGCUUAUUAUGGGGUAGGUGGUUUGUUUUCCAUUUGGGUACACAUCCUCCACUUCCCACAGAAAGCAGUUACUGAUCUCCCUUUAAGAAAAUGAAGGUAAGUUAAUGUGUAGCUUUCACCAAACAGAAGUCCCUCCACUACCUUCUGGCUAUUUAAAAUUGGUGUUCAACUUUUAAAACAGUCCUAUCAGCCAAGUUCUCUAUUCAACUGAAACUGAUUUCAUUUCAUUUCCAAAACAGAAAGACUGGAACCAACAUUUUUAACUUUGGGAAAACUUUGCACAGUUAAGUAGUCAGGAUGUAUUAUGAAUGCUUUCCAUCUGUUUCUCACCCUUUUCUUACUGUUUUUAUUUUUAAAGAAAAACAGUAUUAUCAAUAUCUCUAACACUUGGAAUGGGGCGACUUUUGAAAUUAAGCACAUCAUCUUUGGAUUAAUUUUACUUUGUUCGUUACAGUGUCAAAUGUAGUAAAUGAUUGCUCAGCUGCAGUGAUUAAAGUUUUGAUUUUUGUCCCUAGUAUAAUUUGCAUUGAAAUACUUGAUGAGAUAAAAAGGCUCCAGUAGAAUUAAUGUUAGCACAUUCCACUGAGCAAAACUACCAAACUGACACUUCUUAAAUUGCUUACUAGACUGAAUAAACUCUUUGUUCACAUUCAUGGUCUAAACUGUGUUGAAUGAAUUGAAAAUUGUCCAGCAGAUAGGAAACAGCACCUGGAGUGGAGGAUUAUAUCUAAGCUUCCACCAUCGGUCAUAUUAAUCAAGGGGCCAGAUGGCAGAGGAAAAGAAAUCCACAAAGUAGGUUAUCUAAUCACUCUGUCAAAAUGAGCUUGAAACAGAAACAAUCAUACCCUCCCUCAAACAGCCUCUUAUAAAUACCCCUCCCCCCUGCUUCUAAAUGAAAUAUUGGACUCAUUUCCCAGAGAGGAAAUUAUGGUAUGUAUUAUCAAAAAUAUCUACUUUAAAAUUAGUACUAAUCACAUUUCACAAAAAUUCUGCUGGAUGUACAGCUCUUAAUGUUUUAAGCCAUUUGUGUAGCCCACCACGUCUCAUUGUGGUGUUUGUGUGGAAGACUGUAAAUCUUUGGACCUGUUGCCUAUUUUCAAGGGCUUUAUAAAAAUGUGAUUAACAUUACUUGGCCUGCUGCUUUUGGCUUACUACUAUGUAUUUUUAGCUAGAUGCUACCAUGGUGUUUAAAGGAUAUUGAUUCUGUCUUGGAUGCAUUUGGUUCCUUUCAGAAUCUGUCCUCCCAUUAUCCUGUGAAUAAAAAUAUAUGGGACCCUGAGAAGGACACUCUCCUAAAGCAGUCACCUCACCAGCCCAGUGUUGUGGCUUCGUAGCACGCUGUUGUACCUAAUAUAUUCUAGAACACUGUACUGCUACUAGGCUGGCCCAGAAAAGGGUUAAAUAAUGUCAAAUUCACUUCAAUUGCACUUGUUGCACCACCAUGGAAUCUUAUGUGUAUUUAUAGUGGCAGUAGAGAAAAUGGACCAUUUCAUCCUGACUUGUAGGAGUACAUUUCUUGGUCUUGAGACCAGUAUUUUUAGUUAUGUAUGCAACUGCCUUUAUUAUAAACACCUGGUUAUCACAAUUCAAUUCUCAGGUGUUGCAGAAAAAUCUACCUCUUUCAGACUGUAGAUGGAAAUAACUGUGAAAAAAUGAUGCAGAUAUCUUCUAGUUUGUGCUAAACACACUGCUUUAUUUUUACAGCCCACGUCUUUCAUGAGGAUACGAAUUGUUAAGAGGCAGUCUUGUUUUGCUUUUCAAGGACAUUUUGUAGAGAUUUUUCACUAAUGUGAAUCUGAUUUUAUCUACUCAAUUCUGUAUAGAUUAAGUAAAUAUGUAUGAUAAUUUAA